AUGGGUGAAAUCCAGUAUACUUGUGAUGAGCUAGGAGAGGAAGUCGACAUCCAUUUUGAGUUCAACCAUGAGAGACAGAAGUUUCUACCUUACAACAGGUUACAAGAACUGGUCGUGCACGAAAAAGUAAAUGGAGCAUUGAGAGACGCUGCCGUUCAGGAUGCGCCGGUUCUACUUGAUUUUGUCACCAGGCUUGCUCGAAAGACCUUCCUCAUUCUUAUCUUGAUGUCAACAGUUAAGGACAAGAAGAUACACUUGUUAAGAGAGCUGAUGGCGAAUGGGUUUACAGAUGAAUGGCUACCUGUUGAAUUCACUGUUGAUCGAAAGUCACAGCAAUGGACACUUUCAUCGAUCAAUUCGCCGGAAAACCCAACAGGUCUCCUCUCACCAGAAUGGACUCGUACCGUGCGCGACGCCUUUGAACGAUAUCAGCGGCAAAUUGCAGUGCCAUUCUUCGACACGACUGCGAAAUUCUACUUCAGUUUUCCUCCAGGCACAAUUAUGCCGUACUUAAAGGCUCCUCUCAAGCCCCAGGGUAGGGGGUUCUUUGGUGAAGUCUCCUGCUACGAGAUGCACUCCGCGCACAUACGCUUUCCCGGAUCAAGUGCGAAUGCCGAAAAGCCUUCAAUCAAACUGGCUGUGAAGAAGGCGAAUGACAACGCAGAUCUCGCCAAAUUCUUCAGAAAGGAAGCCGAGAAUCUCAAUGCGCUCAAGAACAAUACGACCCCAAAUCUGAUUAAGCCUAUAGCUGCUUACGAGAUCAACGGAGACAAGUGCUUACUUUUCCCCUGGGCGGACGGAGGUAGCCUGAGCAAUUGCUGGAGAUGCUGGAAGGCUGGUCCCCUCGACCCAGCCGGGAUGGAGUGGAUUGUCAAUCAAUUUAGGGGUAUCUUCUUAGCCCUCGGCCAGCUGCACGACUCCAACUGUCGACAUGGCGAUUUGAAGCCUGACAAUAUACUGUGGUUCAAGGAUGCACGAAAUAAAGGCGAGCUUCAGAUUGCUGAUCUUGGCCUGGCCACAUUUCACCAACUGGACGCUGACACCAGGAAGAGAGAGGAGCUUGUCAUUCAAACCACAACACCAACCGGCACACGUCGCUACCAGGCCCCAGAAACGGAUGGAGAGCAAUAUCAUCGUAGCAAUCCGCCUCGCUCAAGAUCAUAUGACAUGUGGUCAAUGGGCUGUGUCAUGUUCGAGCUGCUCAUAUGGCUGGCAUACGGCAACGAUGAUGUUGAAACUUUUCAACGAAGCACGCCCGACUUCUUUUGGGAACGGGUCUCCAAUUCCACAACUUUUAACAAGACAUACAGCAUAAAUCCGGUUGUGAAACAAUGCAUUGAUAUUAUGAGGAAGGAUUUCCCACGCAACACAGUUUAUGGAGACCUUUUCGAUCUUAUCAGCCAUCAACUUUUAGUCUUUAAUCCAUCAAAUGAUCAAACUCCGUCCGAGGCACACCGUUUGACUGCCCACGAAACUGAGGCACUCCUUAACGAUAUCAGCAGGCGAUUGGAAGAUCCGUGGUACAUUCCAUUGCGGUCGUCCAGGUAUCCUCGGUUCCAACGCAAUGGUGGGCUCUUUCCAUCAGAUCAGCGAUCCCGAAACAAGGCGGAUUAUCAAAAAAUCGUAAGCAUUGCCUUUCCAAGAGUCCAGGCAAGAAAUCGGCCAGCUAAUGUGCACCAGCUAGAAAGCAAGUUCAACGAUGUAUGGGAUUCGACUCCAGAUGAGGACCUUGCAGCGAAACUUUCCAAGACUACUCUUUGGCGUCAGUUGCAGCCAACUCAGGAUGGCGACACGAGAUUAUGCAAUCGAUGCACUGCAAUGAACAUGGCCAAUUUAGCUGGACCUUGGGUAUUUCAACAGGGAUGUGGACUAUGCAAUCUCGUCCGCCAAGCUCUUCAACGGGCACAUAUGCCGCUAUCGUCAAGACUACAAUUGCAGCGCGGUACAAUACACGCAGAGAAUGGCUCGGAUCUUCUCUCCAUUUACAAACCACCAGGUAUUUGA